UAUAUCGUCAAACCAUUGAAAGCUGGACUUUAUUCUCUCACUUUCAUAAUCAUGAAAAGAAAAAAAAAGUUACUGAUGGGGACUACGAAGACUUCGCAUAACAUAGAUAUCUUUUGCAUAACCUAGGAUUGUUAAAAUCCUAACAUGACUUUAUUGGUCUCCUGUCUGCAACCAGUUAAUGCUGGGUUGGGCCAGGGUUCCCCUCUUUCCCGUCACUUACCCAUUCUUUUCAUAGCCUCACCUAAUAUCAUGACUUGAAGUAACAGUUUACGGUAACAACUCUCAAAUUUAUAUAUCCACUCUCGAACCCUCUGCCAAUGUUGAAUCACAGGUUGAGUAGAUGGCACUACGCUUUGAGGUCUUACUGACUUUUCAAACUGAUCAUGCUUGAAAUGGGAGUACUGGGCUUCCCUGCAAGCCUGCUCCACCAGCAGCCUCCCCACCUCAGGGUAUGGGAAGUCCACACGUGGCGAACGCGAAGCCUAUUACAUCACCCGGAAGUCCCUGCAUCCUUUGAAGGCUGGGCCCGGCCAAAGGAGGCCCAAUAGAGGGCGGUCUGUCCUUUCCCAGCAGGCUGGGCACACUGUCAGGCGUCCUCCUUUGGGUGGCUAUUUUAACUGCUCAUUUAUCCUUUUCUUCUAUGAAAAGAUCCAGAAAAGAGGCAAAGCGAGCGAGAAGUCGCGGGCCCAGCCCACAGCAGGGUAAGCACCUUUGUUCGGGGUCUGAAUCGGGGCGACUAUCCCCGCCUCCUGACCUCGAUUUUCCUGAGCUUGAAGGGACCUUUCGACCCUCCGACUUGUGCCUAUACUAAAGCGGCAGCCCUAAGACGACGCGGGGGUUCUGGUGCGCACUUACGUGGAGUCGGAUGAGCUGGGUGAGUUCCCACACCCGGUAGAUGUAAGGGAAAAACUGCAUUACCCAGAAGGCACCGUCCUUUGUGUCGGCCGCGGACUCUGGGCCAUUGACGGCCCAGGACAGGAGCGUUUUCUCCGGGCCAGGGCGGCGGAGGCGGGACUUCCGCUUCUUCGUGUGACGUCAUCUCCGUGGGCCGGCUUGGCCCUGAAGCAGUGUGGGGCCUAGAGCGCUGGGUGGGCGCGUUCUGCGGCCUGAGCAGGGAAGGGUAGUGAAGCGGUUACGCCCCUUCUCCGCGUCUUGGCGGGAGCCUGACGCCCCGCUUCUCCCCUAACGAGGCGUCCCGCUGGCGCUCACCGAGGCCUAGGCCUCCGCAGCCGCCCUCCGUCUCCUCAGCCCCGACGCUGCGCCCUGGGCCUUGUGCGCAUUUUUUUGGGGGGAAAACUGAGGCUCAGAGUGCGAAAGUCAGCCGCGAUCGCCCCGCCCAGGACAGAGAAGGGCUGUGGUCGGCUGAUCCGCGGCAUUCCCGGGAUGGCGGCGGCGUGGAUGGCUCCGGCGCAGGAGUCUGUGACCUUCGAGGACGUGGCUGUGACAUUUACCCAGGAGGAGUGGGGGCAGUUGGACGUGACCCAGAGGGCCUUGUACGUGGAGGUGAUGCUGGAGACCUGUGGGCUUCUGGUCGCACUGGGUGACAGCACAAAACCUGAGACCGUAGAGCCUAACCCUUCUCACCUGGCCUUGCCUGAGGAAGUCUCACUCCAGGAACAGCUGGCACAGGGAGUCCCAGGAUACUCCUAUUUUGGGCAGGCCAUGGAUCAGGAUGGGCCAUCUGAAAUGCAGGAAUAUUUGAGACCAGGGACAGACCCACAGAGUGAGAAUCUCCAUGGGAAAAUGAGCCUUGAAAAUGAAGGUUUGGCGACAGCUGAUGGUAUAUGUUCAAUGAUGAUACAGAACCAAGUCUCACCAGAAGAUGCUCUUUAUGGAUUUGACUCAUAUGGACCAGUUACAGAUUCCCUGAUUCACGAAGGGGAAAAUUCCUAUAAAUUCGAGGAAAUGUUUAAUGAUAAUUGCUUCCUUGUUCAGCAUGAGCAGAUUCACCCUCGUGUGAAGCCCUAUGAUUGCCCAGAAUGUGGGAAAGCCUUCGGCAAGAGCAAACACCUCCUUCAGCAUCACAUCAUCCAUACUGGGGAGAAGCCCUAUAAAUGCAUGGAGUGUGGGAAAGACUUCAACCGCAGGUCACACCUCACACGGCACCAGCGGACUCACAAUGGAGAUAAGCCCUUUGUGUGCAGCGAAUGUGGAAGGACCUUCAACCGCGGGUCACACCUGACACGGCACCAGCGGGUUCACAGUGGAGAGAAGCCUUUUGUGUGCAAUGAAUGUGGAAAGGCCUUCACCUACCGCUCCAAUUAUGUUUUGCAUAACAAGAGCCACAAUGAGAAGAAACCCUUCGCAUGCAGCGAAUGUGGAAAAGGCUUUUAUGAGAGUACAGCCCUCAUUCAACACUUCUUUAUCCACACUGGGGAGAGGCCCUUUAAGUGCCUUGAGUGUGGGAAGGCCUUCAACUGCAGGUCACACCUCAAGCAGCAUGAGCGGAUUCACACUGGUGAGAAGCCCUUUGUGUGCAGUCAAUGUGGAAAGGCCUUCACUCACUACUCCACCUAUGUCUUGCAUGAAAGAGCCCACACCGGAGAAAAGCCUUUUGAGUGCAAAGAAUGUGGGAAAGCCUUUAGCAUUCGAAAAGACCUCAUUCGCCACUUCAACAUCCACACUGGAGAGAAGCCCUAUGAGUGUUUACAGUGUGGAAAGGCUUUUACCCGCAUGUCAGGGCUCACAAGGCACCAGUGGAUUCAUACUGGAGAGAAGCCCUACGUAUGCAUCCAAUGUGGGAAAGCCUUUUGUCGGACCACAAACCUCAUUCGACACUUCAGCAUCCACACUGGAGAGAAGCCCUAUGAGUGCGUGGAGUGCGGGAAGGCCUUCAACCGCAGGUCACCCCUCACAAGGCACCAGCGGAUUCACACUGCAGAGAAGUCCCAUGAACGCAUCCAGAGUGGGAACGUUUCUUGCGAGAGCACAGAUCUGGUUCAACACUCCAUCAUCCAGACUGAGAGUAGCCCAGAGAGUGCAGCGAAUAUGGAAGCACCUUCAAUUGCCGCUCAUUCCUCCUCACUCGACAUCAACGGAUUCAUCCUGGGAGAAACCCUACCAUUGUAACAGAUGUGGGAAGACCUUUUACACACUUCAGUCAACAUCCACGAAUUCCUGUUAGGGAAAGAGUUUUUGAAUAUCACCGCUGAAGAAAAUCUGUGGUGAGAGGAAACAUCGUACCGUCUGGUCAUUCAUACUGAAGAGAAGCUUCAUAAGCAUCAUCUUUGUGUGAAAACCUGUUUUAGAUAAUCAUUUGUCAUCUAAACAAUUAUGUUAGAAAUUGACACAGCCAAGAGUCUUAUUCUACAUCUGAUAAUUCGCCCAUGAGAGAGACCCAAUGGUUAUUGUGCACUUAGGAAAACCUUCAGCCACAUCUUUCUUGUUAGUUUACAGUGAAAUGUUAUCUCAGGGACAUUCAAGCAAAGGAGGAGGAGUCAUAGGGAAGAGAAAGAAAUGGAAGCACAGCUUCUUUCAGACUUCCCUGACAAGCCCAUGGCAGUUUGUUAUCUCCUCGUUAUUUUAUUUGGGAGAGGAAAAUGUUUCAGAAACACAAGGGCCUCAUCCCCUUUAUUUUCCCUGUGUACAUUCACUGCUGUCCAGUGCUGUAGACAAAUGGUUUGUUUGAAAACAUUUUGUGAAAGCCUACUUUGUUCCACAGCAUUGUCUCUACUCUUGAGGAGCAGAAGCAUAUAUCUUUAUGAGAAAGAUGGAGGCUUGAGUUAUGAAAUACUUUGACAUUUAAGGAGAUAAGGAUGUGCAUAUGAAUGGGCACAUUUUACUGCACACUUCAAACGCUUUGAUUUUUUUAAAAAAUUGUUUCUUCUUGUGUCUUUAACCACCCAGUACACAUACUUUUUUCUUGAUAUGGAUCUACUUGUUAAUUUCUUUUUCUUUAUUUUUCUGCGGGAUGGAGAUGAUAUUGUAGCUGUUUGUACAUAAUAUAAUCCAGGGAGUCCUAGUUCUUCCCUCUGAUUGUGGUUUCUCAGCUUCUUUACUCCUCUUUAGAGAGAGUAAAUAGUUCAAAGUUCACCUCAGCAAUUUUCUAGAGGACAUUUUGGAACCAAAAAUGAAAUAAGACAUGUAGCUAAAUUAAAGGAUUAUGAUAAACUCAGAAAAUAAACACAAAGAAGGAAUCUCAUUUUUCAGUCUUACAGAAGAUUGUGUGUAGGCUGACUAUAAAGUGACUGGAAUUUUAACAGGUGAACCUGCAUGUGUAUAUGCAGGUAGUUGUCACUACGGAUUUAGUCCAGUCAUAGUAAUUAAUAUGUUUAAUCGGAAUAUUUUGGAAUUUCUCUUUUGGUAUUCUUUUGUUUCUUUUAUUGUUUUUAAUUGACACGUAAUGUUUAUGGGGUUCGGUGUGAUAUUUCAAUAUAUGUGUGCUAAGAGUAAUGAUCA